AUGGUCAAACGGAGGUCGCCGACGCUGCAUACGAGCAGAUGCUCAAGAUUACCUAUAUGCCGAUGGGUACCACCACGGAACCGGCAGUGCGGUUGUCAGAAAAGAUCGCCUCCAUCACCCCCGGCGACCUUUCCCGCUGUUUCUUUCACCAGCGGAGGGUCCGAGUCCGUUGAGACGGCUCUGAAGCUGUCCCGUGCCUACUUCAAGAGGAUAGGAGAGCCUGAACGCACCAAGUUCAUCAGCAGGAAAGACUCCUAUCACGGAGCCACCUUCGGCGCUCUGGCGCUGGGGGGAAAUUUCCUUUACCCCAAGACCGACUAUGAACCCCUGAUGCCCGGCUCUUUCCACGCUCCCCAACCUAACUUCUAUCAUUGCGAGUUCAACAGCAGCACUCCCGAGGAGUGCGGCCAGCGCUGCGUGGACGCAAUCGAGAACAUAAUCCGUUUCCAGGGACCCGAGACCAUCGCCGCCGUCGUGGCCGAACCCGUCUCCAGUCCCUUGGGCGCGGUGGUUCCCCCGGACAAUUAUUGGCCACUGCUGAGGGAGUUGUGCGACAAGUACGGCUGCCUGCUGAUAGCUGACGAAGUAAUCACCGGCUUUGGCCGAACUGGCAAGAUGUUCGCCUGCGAGCAUUGGGGCAUUACGCCGGACAUGAUGACGGUCGCCAAGGGCAUCACCAGCGGCUACAUUCCCAUGGGCGGGGCCAUCCUCCGCAAGCCCAUCGCCGAUGCCUUCGUGGGCGGGCCUAAUGCGGCUUUUCGCCACGUAAUUACAUUUGGCGGCCACCCGGUAGCAGCCGCUGCUUCCCUCAAGAACCUGGAAAUUAUGGAACGCGAGGGAAUGGUGGAAAACUCAGCUCGAAUGGGUCAAUACCUGCUGGACGGCUUGGAAGAGCUUAAGCAGAAACAUUCCAUCAUUGGCAACGUCCGUGGCCUGGGCCUGAUGUGCGGUCUGGAACUGGUAAAGGACCGGGAGACCAGGGAACAUUUCCCGUCAGAUGCCGACCUGGGUCCGCGGCUCACCCAGGGGUUCGCCGACGACGGGCUGUUCCUCCGGGGCGGAGACGUGAUGAACAUCAUGCCGCCACUUUGUGUUACUCCUGGCGAGAUCGAACAGAUCGUCUCCACGAUGGACCAGGCAAUCGGUAAGGUAGCCAGUGACCUGGGCGCCGCCUGA